AUGCGCUCCUCCAUUCAAUCCGGCCUCCUGCUGGCCGCCUCUCUAUCGACCUCGAUGGUCGAGGCAGAGCGUGUUCUCGGCGCAUACAUCUUUGCUCGCCACGGUGAUCGAACUGCCAAGAUCCUCGGCAACACUCAAUUGACUGAUCUGGGCUACAAUGAGGUCUAUGAUGCCGGCCACUUCUACAAUGAGCGGUAUAUCCUCGCCAGUUCGGACAAGCAGAUCGAGGGCAUCAGCCCUCUGAUUGUCAACGCCAAGCAGAUCAGUGCCAGCUCCCCAGCUGAUGCCGUUUUGCAAAACUCGGCCACUGGCUUCCUGCAAGGCGUGUAUCCCCCAGCGGGUAACAGUGCCAACCAGACGCUGGCCAACUCGACCACCGUUGUGUCGCCUUUGGCAGGUUACCAAUUGAUCCAGGUUACCUCCACCUCUUCCAGUAACAGCAACGAGGGGUCUACCUGGCUGCAGGGCUCAAGUGACUGCCAGAAGGGCACCGUCAGCAGCAACAACUACUACAUAUCGGAAUCUUACAACUCGAUGCUGAAGUCCACCAAGGACUUCUACCAGUCGCUGUCGCCCAUGCUGAACUCGACUUUCACUUCGUCGCAGAUGACCUUCAAGAAUGCCUACUCCAUCUUUGACUACCUGAAUGUGGGUCAGAUCCACAACUCUACCGAUGAGUAUCCCGCCCUCAAGGGCUUGACGCAUGAGAUCUACACCCAACUCCUCCAGCUGGCCAACAACCAGCAGUACAACUUGGCGUUCAACAAGUCCGACACUGUCCGGGCCAUUGACGGCGCCGUGUUGGCUGGGGAGAUCCUUUCCGGCCUCAACGAUACCAUUGCCACUAGCGGCAAGUCCAAGCUUAGCGUCUCGUUCGGUUCCUAUGGAACUAUGCUCGCGUUCUUCGGACUGAUGCAGCUGCCCGCUGCCUCGGUCGACUUCACCGGUAUCCCCGAUUACGCCUCCUCGAUGGUUUUCGAGCUCGUGACCAAUGCUACUGGCACGGGCAUUCCCGCCGAGAGCGAGCUCAGCGUCCGCUUCAUGUUCCACAAUGGCACCAUGACCGGCGCUGACGAGCCCACCGUCUACCCUCUGUUCGGCCAGUCCAGCGAUCUCCUUUCGUGGUCUGACUUCAAGACUAGCAUUGAGAAGGUGGCUGUCACUUCUGAUGCCCAGUGGUGCGACCUGUGUGGCAACACCGAUGGAAAGUGCGGCUCCAUUACUACCAGCACCACCUCCUCCGACUCUUCCAGCGCGUCUGCCUCCAGCUCCGGUGGCAUGUCGAAGGCUGUUGCUGGUGUGAUUGGUGCUAUGGUGACUCUGGCUGUUAUUCUCGGCCUGCAAGCGCUGUUCUUCCUUGUUGGUGGAUUCCGCAUCUCCAAGAGGAACAAGGCUGGUCCUGAGAUGGUUACCUCGGACAGUGCUUCCGCCGAGAAGAAGUAA